AUGACGACGAUGCAUGUUUCCGAUCAAUUUAUCGUUGCUAAAACACUGCAAGAACAAGUUUCGUCAUUCAAUAGUCAAACACAUUUGAAUACAACAAAAGUCGUCAAACGAACGAUUAAAUAUACACAUGCUCAGUAUAUAUGUCCCGAAGAGCAAUGGAAUGAACAGAUCAAUUGCUAUUUAGCGAGCAACGAUGUUUUCGUAUUGGUUGGUGAUAUGCAUACUCGACAUACAAAGGAAAUUCUUCACAAUAUGAGUAAUUUAAUUGUUCGAACUAUACAUCAAUUAUUAUAUCGUCGAUUAAUUACAAAUGAACAAUAUGGUAACAUUAUGUUUUACAACCAACGAAUCGAUUUUAAUGUGAAUCAAUUAAAUUUUACCAUAAAAAUGGAAAAUGUAACUAUCUAUCCCAUGGCUCUCGAGCAAAUGGUUCUUGAACCAAUAAUUCAAUGUUCAAAUAUAGAACCAAUGAAAGGUAUUUCAAAUCUAAUCAAUACUCUUCUUCAACCGUUAGUAACGAAAUUCUUUCGAAAUAAACAGAUUGUCGUCGCUUCUGAUGCAAUCGACAAAUGGCGUGAAUAUGCAGACAUGACUAGCAUGCCUUCGUGUUCCUAUUUUGUUACAAUUCAUCUUCGUCAUCUUCGUUCUAGUUUACCAUUUCAUUUAAUCAUUGCAUCAUUGGAACACUUUUUUCAUUAUUUUGGAUCGAUGACACAUAUCAAUGGUAUAUCAACGGCAACUAUUCUUCAGCUCACUCGUCUUCUACUUGACAAUCAAUAUUGUAUUUAUGAAAACAAAUUAUAUCGACAGACGUUCGGCUGUUCAAUAGACGCACCGUUGAUGACAACAUUGAUUGACAUCUAUAUGUUUUCUUGGCAACGUCAAUUAUUACAACGAGUAGGCCGCAACACUCAUCGAUUCUAUUGUCGAUCUCUCAAUCAUAUAUGCUUUCUUUGGCGACAAUCAAAAGAAGAAUUUUACAAAUUUUUCGAUAAAACUUAUCUAGCCAAUGCGACCUAUAGUUCCAUUGAAAUGUCCGUAUCAGUGGAUUCAAAUGAGAUACGAUUUCUCGAUGCUAUCCUUGGUCGUCAACCUGGUGAUCGAACUGGAUUCACAAGAAUCUAUACCCACGUCGCUCAUCGUUCCACCUUCGAACCCUACGCCUUACCCUACAUUUCAAAGGCAUUUGAAGAAAAAUACCAACGCUAUGCAUCAUCACUAUCGCCAUUGCUAACGUUUGCUCUACUUCGUGCCAUUCUCUAUUGUUCUGAUGUACGCGAAUUCGAAAAUGAACGUUUAUUUAUUGAAUUAUCUUUUGCUCUCAACGGCGUAUCGUUAUAUGAUAUUGAAAAGAUUAUCGAGAACUUUUUCGUACAAUUUCAUGAAAGUAGUUGGCACAUCAUGCGUACGACACAGGUCACAUACGAAGAACUCCAAUGUCGAGUGCGAGGCACACUUGAAACUCAAUUGAAAUGGUGCACGUCAAAGACAACGAAUUGA